UGUAGUUACAUUUUUCACUUGGAUACGUUCAAUUCAUCCAGAGUUGUGUUUCAUUUUAAGAGACACAAGAUGGAUACGUUUCCGUCUCUGUUUCUGUACUCACUGACAAUUCAAAACAGUAAUUAUGUGCAGAGUUCAUGCGUGGCAUCUUUAUCUGGUAAAAAAGUGCAAGAAAUUGUUUUAGCUACAGAAUCUCGACUUUUGGUAUAUAAAGUGGAUCCAAAUGAUGGUCGAAUAAGCUGUAUUUUGAAUCACAAUUGCUUUGGAAUCAUAAGAAAUGUCGCUCCUCUUCGUUUAACUGGUUUCAAACGCGACUACUUGAUUGUAACUUCAGAUUCCGGACGGAUCACAGUUUUGCAAUAUGAUCUAAACCUUAAUAGGCUUGUUCCUGUAUAUCAAGAAGCAUUUGGAAAGUCAGGGAUUCGAAGGGUUGUUCCAGGAGAAUAUUUGGCUGUUGAUGCCAAGGGUCGUGCAGCAAUGGUUGCUUCUGUUGAAAAAAAUAAGUUGGUUUAUGUUUUAAAUCGUGAUGCUGAAGCAGAUCUUACAAUAUCUUCACCGCUUGAAGCCCAUAAAGCAGGCAAUAUUUGUUUCAGUCUUGUGGGUCUGGAUACUGGAUAUGCCAACCCAAUAUUUGCAGCCAUAGAAGUUGACUACAGUGACAUUGAUCAUGACCAUUCAGGUCAAGCUUAUGAGAAUGUAGAAAAAGUUUUGACCUACUACGAACUUGACCUUGGACUCAAUCAUGUCGUUAGGCGUUGGUCAAAAGUGGUUGAUCGUAGUUCUUACAUGCUUCUGCCAGUACCCGGGGGUAACGAUGGUCCAUCUGGCACUCUCGUGAUAUCUGAAGGAUGGGUUUCAUAUAGACAUUUACAAAGGCAAUUCCAUGAAAUACCUAUAAUGCGCCGAAAAGGUAAUGAAACGGUAGAGGCAGCUACACCAUGGGCAGAACCAAGUUCGAAAAGCAAGGGAACACGGCUUCCCGUCAUUGUCUCCGCCGUAAUGCACAGAAUGAAGGGAUCGUUUUUCUACUUGCUGCAAACUCACGAAGGCGAUCUAUUAAAACUCACGGUAGAGCACGAUGGACAAGGCAACGUAAAUGAAUUACGCAUGAAAUACUUCGACACGAUACCUCUUUCAGUAGAACUUAAUAUUUUGAAAACAGGGUUCUUAUUUAUAUCUUGUGAAGGUGGAAAUCAUCAAUUAUAUCAGUUCGAGAAUCUUGGGUUAGAUGAUGGGGAGUUAGAAAUCUCUUCUUUGGAAUAUCCUAAUGACUCUCUCGUUACCACUGGUAAGAAUAUAUCAUACCAAGUACGUGGUUUGCAAAAUUUAUCUUUGGUUGAUGAGGUUCCUUGCCUUUAUCCCAUGACGGACUCUUUAGUGGUUAAGAGUCCUGCUUUAGAUGACCCAACCCAGAUAUAUGCAAUCUGCGGACGUGGAAAUGCUUCUUCUCUUCGUCGUUUAAAGCGUGGUUUGGAAACGACCGAAAUUGUUGCCUCAGAAAUUCCAGGUGCUCCUAUCGCGAUAUGGACUUUAAAGCUAUCCCGCAACGAUAUGUAUGAUUCUUAUAUAAUUUUGUCGUUUACGAAUGGUACUUUAGUAUUAUCCAUAGGAGAAACUGUUGAGGAAGUAUCAGACAGUGGACUGUUAUCAUCCGUUUCUACGCUAAACGUACAUCAAAUGGGCCAAGACUCACUUCUUCAAGUUUAUUCAAAGGGUAUACGACAUAUUCGCUCUAAUAAACAAAUUAGUGAAUGGAAGUUACCAGCUGAUUUGUUCAUUACCCAGUCAACCAUCAAUGAGACUCAAAUAGUAAUAGCUUUGAAUAAUGGUGAGCUUGUGUAUUUUGAAAUGAGUGACGACGUUGAGGGCGGUCAGUUAAAUGAAUACCAAGAAAGAAAAACACUUACAGCAAACGUUACUGCGCUUGCUUUGGGGCCGGUUCCUGAAGGCUCAAAGCGUAGUAAUUUUCUUUGUCUAGCUUGCGACGAUGCUACUGUACGUGUCUUGUCUUUAGAUCUUUACACGACCUUAGAAAGUUUGAGUGUUCAGGCCUUAAGUUCACCUGCUAAUUCAUUGUGUAUCAUUUCCAUGGCGGUCGGAGGAUAUUCUACCUUAUACCUCCAUAUUGGUUUGAUGAAUGGUGUUUACCUGCGAACUGUCGUAGAUGUGACUUCUGGACAGUUAUUAGAUACCCGCACUCGGUUUUUAGGUCCGAAACCUGUCAAACUGUACCCAAUUUUUAUAAAAGACCAGAGAACCGUACUGGCUGUCUCUACAAGAGCUUACUUGGCUUAUUCUUUUUUACAAAAUCUACAACUUUCCCCCAUUUCUUAUUCAACAAUUGAACACGUUUCUUCGUUCGCUAGUGAGCAAUGCCCUCAAGGUAUUGUUGCCGUACAUCAGAAUGUUCUGAAAAUAUUUACGAUUGACAGUCUUGUGGAUGACUUAAAAUCAGAAAUAUAUCCGCUUAUGUGUACACCACGAAAGUUGGUGAAACACCCGACACUUCCUAUUUUAUGCAUUUUACAGAGUGAAAGGAAUUUCAAUAGCUCCAAAAAUUAUCAGGAUUUGGGCUCUCAUUCUUUAUCGUCACGUGCGAAUAAAGAUUUGAACCCAAUUAAAGAGAAGGAGUGGUCGUCAUAUGUAUCAAUUUUUGACUUGAAAUCCAAGCAAAUGGUUCACACUUGUAAGCUCGGCGACAAUGAAGCUGCUUUUUGUGUCGAGAUGGUUCAUUUUAAGUCAAAAGAUGAGUUAUUUCUAGUUACUGGUUCGGCUACAAAUGUUAAUCUUGAAAGUAGAGCUUGUUCUCAUGGUAAUAUCCGCGUCUACAGACUUAAGGAUGAGGGGGCUAGUCUCGAGUUAGUUAGCCAUACUGAAACGGAUGACAUUCCAAUGUGCCUUCGUCCCUUCCAAGGAAGGAUGUUAGCCGGUGUCGGAAAAUAUUUGAGAAUUUAUGAACUUGGCAACAAAAAGGUACUCCGAAAAUGUGAGAUAGCUCCUGUUCCUUUGUUCAUAACUCGUUUGGAUGUUCAAGGAAGCAGAAUUAUUGUUGGUGAUUCUCAAUGUUCUAUAAGAUAUGUGGUGUAUAAACACGAUGAAAACCGGUUUCUCGUUUUCGCAGAUGAUCCUAUUCAACGGUGGUGUACGACCUCAAUUAUGGUAGAUUAUGAUACAGUAGCAGGGGGUGACAAGUUUGGGAAUCUAUGGCUUCUAAGAUGUCCUGCGGAUGUGUCGAGGCUUUCUGAUGAAGAAAAUUCUGCGUCUAAACUUUUGCAUGAAAAACCGUUUUUGAAUUCUACCCCCCAUAAACUGGAAUUGUUGUCACAUUUUUAUACGAAUGAUAUACCUACGUCCAUGAAAAAAGUACAAUUGGUUGAAGGAGCAAGAGAGGUUUUGUUAUGGACUGGUCUUCUAGGAACGGUAGGUGUAUUUACGCCUUUCAUAAAUCAAGAAGACGUUCGGUUCUUUCAGCAGAUCGAAUUCUUUUUGCGAAAAGAAGUGCCUAUGUUAUCUGGUCGAGAUCAUUUAGCAUACCGAAGCUAUUAUGCACCUGUGAAAGGUGUCAUUGACGGUGAUUUGUGUGAAACAUACUAUCAUCUUCCUCGUGAAAAGCAGGAAGUGAUUGCGAACGAACUGGAUCGCACGGUCGCUGAGAUUUCAAAAAAAAUAGAGGAUUUUCGUGUACGUAGUUUUUAGAAAUGGCUUAUGAAUAAAGAAAAACUUUUUAUGAUUUGGAUCAAUAAGUCAUUGACGUUACAAACGAAGAUCUGAUAAUUAAGCUUUCGUCUCA